CCAAAAAAUGCAAAAAAAAAAAAAAAACAACAAAAACCCAUCCAAUAAUGGGUCGAAAAUCGGCCGCUUUUUUGGCCAGAAAAAAAAUCAACCGAUUUUCGCACCAUUAAUGGGUUAAUUGGUCGGCCUUUUUUCUGUAUUUUGGCACAUUUUUUCUUAUCGGUAAAGUUGGAAAUAAAUCAGCCGAUUUUGCCGAUCGGCCAAUUUUCGCGGCAAUGAUGGGCAAAUCGGCCGAUCUUUUUACCGAUAAAAAAUCUGCGCAUGAGCCGUGA